CGUAAUUGGCCACUGCCACAAAAUCUUCCAAAUGCUAUCCACCGCUCGUCGAGGGCCUGCAAGUGAAAAAUUAUAAGCAGAGAGGUGGUGGGAAAAAAGACAUAAUUUUAGGAAAUCACUCGUCUGGAGACUAUUUUCCGACUUUGAUGUCCAAAGUCUUAUCGUCGACGGAUGUUGAUUGAUCAUAAAAACCAACAGGAAAGUCUUAUGAUGAUCCCUUGCUCUUGGUUACCCCAGAAGCAAACCAAAGGAGCGUAGUACCGGAGACCCCUCCAAGUAACAAGAUAAGUUGACUUCCUGUUGUCGGCAAGGAUAAAACCCAUACAGGACGGGUGCAACCUCGUCGUAGAUUUUAACAAUAAAUAAACCGAAAAUUCUAGUUUCUUUUUUGAUGCCUAAAUUAAAAUUUACACUUACAAGUUGAUUCAUCCUCAAUUGUGCAUCUGAACAUGUCCUUCCCCCAAUCUCCCUCUUUCCGUGGGUGGGGUGGUCGUGGUGGCAAAUUUCACUUGUUUGCCGCCGCCGCCGCCGCCGGUGUCAAAGUUAAUUGAGUACUGAUAUACAUAUACAUACAUACUCAUCCUUUAGACGUUUACCGAAUUUUGACUUUCUCUGGCUCAGGCAACGGACUCCACCGUAAGUCGGUAACCCCCGCCCCAGCGGAAGCGGGUGGCUUUGGCUAGAGGGCAAGGAACAUGACCUACACUUCCAUGCCCCUGGCCCUUUCCCCGCGCUUCUCUUCUCUCUAUUUCACCAAUGCUCGUUCUUCUCCAUGGCGUCUGUUUCAGCUUCAUCAGCAGGCAUCGCCACUGACCCUCGCCAAUGUUCAAGCCCUCCUGUCCAAAAAGAUUGAUACUCCUCUUAAAACUUUUCCAUUGCAUCCUUUUCGCUUUCUCUCACUCUCUCUCUUGUUAGACAGUGGCGGCAGUGACGACGGCGGUGGCGGCAAUAACAAUGAUCACAAUAAUGGCGGUGAAUGGGGUUAUCCUUUUGACCCUGAAGAUUCAUCUUCAGGGCCUUUUUAUGCCCUUUUCUUUUCUUUACUCUUAUGCUCGACUUGCCGUUGCUUCUGCCAAUUCCUGUUUGCGAAAUUCGCAAUGGCCAAAACUAAAGUGGCGUCUUCCACAAGAACAGACUCUGAGAACGAAGCUCGGCCCGGUUCCGUCUGGGAAGUGAAGGGAGGCAAGAGGACUAGGCUUAUCCCGAAUCAUAUCAAUGACGCUUUUGUUUUGGCACAACCAAGCUUGUUAAUGGAGUUAUCAUCACUGGAAACUUUAAAAAUUCCAAAUUUUUUGUUAUUUCAGUUCAGAGACCUCUUCAAGCGUUUGAUGCUCCCCGAAGGCUUUCCAAACAGCGUCACAAGUGAUUACUUGGAGUACUCCUUAUGGAGGGGAGUUCAAGGAGUUGCUAGCCAAAUCAGUGGAGUUCUGGCAACGCAAUCGUUGCUCUAUGCUGUUGGAUUAGGAAAAGGAGCAAUUCCAACUGCAGCUGCCAUUAACUGGGUUUUAAAGGAUGGAAUUGGGUACCUCAGCAAAAUCAUGUUGUCGAAUUUCGGUCGCCAUUUCGACGUCAACCCAAAAGGGUGGAGAUUGUUUUCUGAUGUUCUUGAAAAUGCUGCCUUUGGUUUGGAGAUGUUGACUCCUGCAUUUCCUCAUCUUUUUGUACCAAUUGGUGCUGUAGCUGGUGCAUCGCGUUCUGCAGCGGCGCUAAUCCAGGCUUCUACGAGGAGCUGUUUCUAUGCUGGCUUUGCUGCUCAAAGGAACUUUGCAGAGGUAAUUGCGAAAGGUGAAGUCCAAGGAAUGGUUAGCAAGUUUUUUGGUAUCAUGCUGGGUAUAAUAUUGGGUAACUGCAUAGGCUCCUCCACACCUCUAGUUCUUGCUUCUUUUAGUGUGGUGACUUGGGUUCACAUGUACUGCAAUUUGAAGUCAUAUCAAUCCAUUCAAUUAAGGACCCUAAAUCCUUAUCGUGCAAGUUUAGUUUUCAGUGAAUAUCUACUAAGUGGCCAAGCACCUCCAGUUAAAGAGGUCAAUGACAAGGAGCCGCUUUUUCCAGCUGUAUCCAUACUAAAUGUAACAAUUGCCAACAAGGUACCAUCAUUUAUUUUAUCUUCUGAAGCAAAAGAUGCAGCUGCAGAAAUUGAAAGCCGACUGCAACUGGGAUCUAAGCUAAGUGAAAUCGUCAAUAGCUGGGAGGAUGCGCUUGCUCUCUUUGGCCUCUAUAAAAAUGAGGGCUACAUCUUGUCAGAGCAUAUGGGAAAAUUCUGUGUUGUGCUCAAAGAAAAUUGUUCGCCACAGGAUAUGCUCAAGGCAUUGUUCCAGGUCAGUUACCUCUAUUGGUUAGAGAAGAAUGCAGGAAUUGAAGGAAGAGGAACUGUUGAUGACUCUAAACCUGGGGGGAGGCUGCAGUUGUCUCUAGAUUACGUGGAACGGGAAUUCAACCAUGUCAGAAACGAUGGGGAAACGGUAGGUUGGGUCACCGAUGGGCUUAUUGCCAGGCCUUUGCCCAAUAGAAUUCGUCCAGGAAACAUGGCAUCGUAUGUGAGUAGUUGAUAUGACAAAAUGGCUGCUUAGCUUUCCAUGCAGCAGAAAGAGUUUGUUUGAGGUGUCUCGGAGAUCUUGGGGCUCUUUAGCUCUUUGCAAGUUUAGUAACAUGUCCUGUGCCGUAGAACAUGCACCUCCAUCCAUCUAAACGAAUACAAGUAGCUGAAGAACUGUAUCUGAAUAAAAAAAAAUACAAAUAGUUUGAUUUAAAGACUUUAAA